ACCCUAGCGGGUGUUGCUUCCUCAGGGACCCUCUCGGCCGGGGGUAUGUAACUCCAAACCACAUCCCGAGAAGCAGAAUUUGGGAAGCCAAGAUUCUCGAGUCCUGGCUGGAGAGGCGGGGGGUGGCGCGUGGGGGCUCAGGAGAAACCGCAGUCCCAGAGCCCCAACCAAAGCCUGGAACUCGGCGGGGCCCGGCUGGCCAGCCUCCGCGCCUUUCACCCCGCGGGCCCCGCCCUCAGUCCCGCCCUCCCCUAACCAGAGCCCCCAUUGGUGGCGUCCGGCGGCGCGGCCGCUGUUAUUUUUCGAAUAUAUAAGGAGGUGGAGGUGGCAGCUGCUGCUUAGAGGCUUCCCGGACUAGUGGCUGGUCCCUGCAUCCCUCCACCCCGCCCCACCCUCCCCGCUUCCCCCUCCUCCCUCGCUUCGGCCCCGUGGCUCUUCUUCCCUCCCUCCCCCCUCCACCCCGGGCCCGCUCCCCGCCUCGUCCCCGCCAGCUGUGCUCGGCGUCGCCCUGCGCCCGGCCCUCCGGCCAGCCUUCCGCGGGCCACGCCGCGAUGGAGCUGCCCCAGCCCGAGCCCGCGCCGGGCUCGGCUCUCAGUCCGGCCGGCGUGCGCGGUGGCGCCGAGCGUCCCGGACACCUCCGGGGCCUCCGGCUGGAAGCUCAUGGCCUCGUGGGGUCCCCGGAGCGCGCGACCGCUUCCUCGCCGGUCACCACCCUCACCCAGACCAUGUACAACCUCGCCGGGCUGGGCAGUGAGACCCCAAAGAGUCAGGUAGGCAGCCUGCUCACACGUCUAUCCCUGUCUCGGAGGCGAGCAUCUGAAUCUUCCCUGUCGUCUGAGUCUUCUGAAUCUUCUGAUGCAGGUCUCUGCAUGGAUUCUCCCAGCCCCAUGGACCCCCAGAUGGCAGAACAGACGUUUGAACAGGCCAUCCAAGCAGCCAGCCGGGUCAUCCGAAACGAGCAGUUUGCCAUUCGACGCUUCCAGUCCUUGCCGGUGAGGCUUCUGGGCCACAGCCCUGUGCUACGGAACAUCACCAACUCCCAAGCAUCUGGCAGCUGGAGGAAGAGCGAGGCGUGUGGCCGAGCUGCCCGCAGCUCUGGGGAGGACAAAGAGAAUGAUGGAUUUGUUUUCAAGAUGCCAUGGAAACCCUCACAUCCCAGCCAUGCCCAUGCUUUGGAAGAGUGGGCUGAGCGAAGAGAAGCCUUUGCCCAGAGACCAAGCUCAGCCCCCGACCUAAUGUGUCUCACCCCUGAGCGGAAGAUGGAAGUAGAGGAGUGGAGUCCCCCAGCCCGAUCCCGCUUCCCGCUAACUGCCACCCAGGGGGCCUCUGAGGAAGAUGAUGGAUUUGUGGACAUCCUAGAGAGUGACUUAAAGGAUGACAAUGCGGUCCCCCCAGGCAUGGAGAGCCUCAUUAGCGCCCCACUGGUCAAGACCUCAGAAAAGGCGGAAGAGCAGGACCUCAUCAUGUACAGCAAGUGCCAGCGGCUCUUCCGCUCUCCGUCCAUGCCCUGCAGCGUGAUCCGACCCAUCCUCAAGAGACUGGAGCGACCCCAUGACAGGGACCUGCCCAUACAGAACAAGCGGAGGAGGAGUGUGACCCCUUCCGAGGAGCAACGGGAGGCUGAGGAACCUAAAGCCCGUGUCCUCCGCUCAAAGUCCCUUUGUCACGAUGAGAUUGAGACUAUCCUGGACAGUGACCACCGAGAACUGAUUGGGGACUACUCCAAGGCUUUCCUUCUGCAGACAGUGGAUGGGAAGCACCAAGAUCUCAAGUACAUCUCACCAGAAACGAUGGCAGCCCUGCUGGCAGGCAAGUUCAGCAACAUCGUGGAGAGGUUUGUGAUUGUGGACUGCAGGUACCCCUAUGAGUAUGAAGGCGGGCACAUCAAGACUGCCGUGAACCUGCCCCUGGAACGGGACGCUGAGACCUUCCUGCUACAGAGCCCCAUCACGCCCUGUAAUCUGGACAAGAGAGUCAUCCUCAUUUUCCACUGUGAAUUCUCAUCUGAGCGCGGUCCCCGCAUGUGCCGUUUCAUCAGGGAGCGCGACAGAGCUGCCAACGACUACCCCAGCCUCUACUAUCCUGAGAUGUACAUCCUCAAGGGUGGCUAUAAGGAGUUCUUCCCGCAGCAUCCGACCUUCUGUGAGCCCCAGGACUACCGGCCCAUGAACCAUGAGGACUUUAAGGAUGAGCUGAAGACCUUCCGCCUUAAGACACGCAGCUGGGCUGGGGAGAGGAGCCGCCGGGAGCUCUGUAGCCGCCUGCAGGACCAGUGAAGACCAGCACCGGUCCUGUCUACCUUCUCUGCCUCAUGGCCCGGGUGCCAGCCACCCAGGGCCCUACGGGGCUGAGGGUCUGCUGGAGGCCCCAGGCGCCAUCCAGGGGAAGGGCGGUUAGGGUGUCCUGCUGUCUGCCCCCAGCCCUGGUCCCUGUGUCUCCCUUCAAGCAUACUCUAGACCCUCAUCCCACUCCCACUCCAGCCCAGCCCCCGGAGGAGCCCAGCCUGUUGACUUGGUGAAAUUGGACUAAGUCCAGCUCAAAGGAAGUAUUUUGUGUCCUGCAAGAACCUUUUUGCUUUUUUCCCUUCCUUGUUUGAGUUAACCCUUUGUCUUCCCAUGUCCAGAAAAGACCCCUCUUUUCUCUAGAGGCUUGUUUGUAUGUGGCCAGAGGAAAGCCACAGCCCCCCAGGAUGGGCCAAGGCAGAACCCCUCCCUGGGAGGGGAGCUGGCACUGUGGCUGGGCCCUCUCCAGCACUCCUGGGUGUGUCUGCCGCGUUCCCUUUCUCUUUCUCUUUCCUGUCCCUCCACAUGAACACCUCCAGCACAAACAUAAGCUCUUACUCUUUCCCGUUUCAGUGUUACCCGCACGCUUGAUUCGUUUGUCUGAUUUGUUGCCCGUCUCAGGAUAUUCACAGGCUGAGGAUUAGGCUCCCCUCUCCAGCUGGGGUUAGAGACUUCAAACAUUAAUUAGCCACUUGACCCUAGCUUCUGUUGCUUCAGAAAGGGCUGUUAUCCUCGAGGGCCCUUGGGCGAGGGCUAAGGCCUGCAUCCUGAGCCCCUGGAAGCCCAGACCUCACUGCUGUGAACCCCGGGGCCUGACUGGUCAGAACUUGCUGCUGUCUUGUUGUGGAUGGACAGAUGGACGAAUGGAUGGAUGAAGGAUGGAUGGAUGGAUAGCCAUGGAUGCCCAAUGCCCUCCCUACACAAACUGCUGAGUGGAAGCAUUUCAGUGAGCAUGACAGCCUGCGACAAGAAUAUAUAUGUGUCUGUCUGUGUGGACAAAGUCUUUACACUUUAAGGUUUGGAAAUAUUCAAGACGAAAUGUCACGGAGGCAGCGAAGCCAAGGCCAGAGCCACGUCUGGGUUCUGAAUCUCAGGCUGUGUGAGGGGCUGUGCUUGAAGGCCCUGAUGCAUCAUCUGUUUGGGCCUUGGUUCAAUAAAGCACUGAGCAAGCUGA